GCGUAAUUAGACCAGCUGCUGGGUUGCGCUCGCAACCCCCUUUUGAGAAUCAGGGUCCACAGCCCGUCACGGAUAGUAGACCUAUGCGUUCAAGUUAAUUUGUUCCCUUUUCUUGACCAUAUAAUAACGACUCUUCAAGGCAUAGCUUGGGGUAUAAAUUCCUCUGGCAAUUAAUCCAGACAACUCAGAUAAUAAUGAAUUUGUGUGAUAAACAAUGCUAUUGACAAACGAUUAGAUGGAUACAUUAUGUUAAUGAGGGCCAUACCAAUUUGCAUACAGUGUAAAAUGGAUGUAGCCAUGCUACUCGGUUUCACAGAAAGCUGGACGUGAAGUCAUUCAUUUAACCCUGGCUCCAUCAUCUGACACCAGCGACGCAGCAUCCUUUGGCUUCCUUCCUCCCAGCAUCGCGUCGCGCUGUUAGCGGAGCCUGUAGCCUUGGAAACACGGGGCUCCCGGCGGCCAGGCGUUCAGGUGCGUGCGGACCUCUGGUGCGUGAUUUGGGGACAGCGUUGGACAUGUUUACUACGUCUCUGGUUCAGAGAGUCUCUUCAGAGUUUCUCGUUCAAAGUGACGACAGAGUGGGAUUUAAAGCAGUAUAGCAGGCGGCUCUGCAACCCCAACUCGUUUGGAAUAUUGUUUUUGGCAAACAGGGAUUUACUUUAACCAAAUGGAGUGAAACCGGAUAGCACUGCUGGAGCUUUAAGAUGUGGGUGCAAAUUGGAUUUCACGACAACAUGAGUGAUGCGAAUCUGCAUUUCAGGAUUUGCUCUGUUUUUAUCUCACACCGUGACUGAGUACUGGAUACUGGAUACGGUGUCGCGUCCCUGGAUGGAUCGACCCACAGACCAACAAAGAGUAGCUGAGAUGUUGGUCUGAUCACAAGGGACAGUCCACGCGUACUGGGACCCCCCCUCCCACACUCCCGACAGUGGAUCCAGUCGGAUCGUCAUGGCACUCGCUGAUUUAAGCUUUUCAAAUCGCCGCCAUAAAGACCUUGGUCUGCGUUUCCUGCUGACCCCCUGUGGUGCGGGGGUGCUCUAGCCCUGGACUCACGUCCCCCACACUCUGACAGUUUGACCCCCUUCAAUCUGUGACCACACACACACACGUUUGCCAAGCAGAGACCUCUGGCCCCACCCAGCCCUGACUAGGAGAUGGCUCGGCCGGGCUCGGGGGUCAGCGGGCUGGGGUACCCCCCCCAGAACCUGGCCCGGGUGGUGGUGUGGGAGUGGCUGAACGAGCACGGGCGCUGGCGGCCUUACAGCGCUGCCGUGUGCCACCACGUGGAGAACGUCCUGAAGGGGGACGCCCGCGGAACGGUGGUCCUGGGACAGGUGGACAGCCAGCUCACGCCCUACGUCAUCGACCUGCAGUCCAUGCACCAGUUCCGCCAAGACACAGGCACCAUGCGUCCGGUGCAGAGGAACUUCUAUGAGCCGUCGUCGGCGCCGGGCAAGGGAGUGGUGUGGGAGUGGGAGAACGACAGCGGGUCCUGGACGCCGUACGACAUGGAGAUCUGCGUGACCAUCCAGAACGCCUACGAGAAGCAGCACCCCUGGCUGGACCUGACCUCGCUGGGCUUCGGCUACCUCAUCGACUUCGGCAGCAUGGUGCAGACCAACCGCCAGAGCCAGCGCAAGCGGCGGCUGCGGCGGCGCAUGGACCUGGCCCACCCGCUUAUCAUGGGCUCCAUCCCCAAGUCCCAGUCCUGGCCCGUGGGCGCCAGCUCGGGCCAGCCCUGCUCCUGCCAGCAAUGCAUCCUAGUCAACAGCACCCGGGUCGCCUCCAACGCCAUCCUGGCCUCGCAGCGCCGCAAGCUGCACGGCGCCGGUGGGGGGGCGGCGGGCAAUUCCGGGGGGCCGGCGGCCGGCGGCCUUGCCCUGACAACGGUGCGGCAGAGCAACACCUUCGCCGGGACCUCGCUGUGGUCGCCGUCCGGCGGCUUGAACUGCAACAACAUUAACAUUAGCGUGGGAGGUGGCCGUUCCAAAGCAGAGCAGGCGCAGUCCACCCUGUCCCGGGCGAAUUUCCCGUGCAACCCCGUGAUGCCUGGGCUCACACCCGCCCACGGACACCACGCCUUGACGGUCAACGGGCAGAACAACCUGAACCGUCCGGGCACCCAGCGGGCCUCCGUGGGGGCCACCAGAGGAGCCAUCCCACCAGGGGUCCCAGCCCUCCCAGUGAAGAAUCUGACAGGUUCUGGACCAGUCCACCCAGCGCUGGCAGGUAUGACCGGCAUCCUGCUGUGUGCAGCAGGCCUGCCGGUGUGUCUGACCCGGGCCCCCAAGCCCGUCCUGCACCCCCCCCCCAUCAACAAGGGGGACAUGAGGCCGGUCCCGGGGGUGAACGGGACCCGCCGCAAGACCAAGAAGAAGCACCUCCGCAGGGGCAAAAACCCAGAGGAUGUGGUCCGGAGAUACACAGAGAAGAUUAAAGUAGUGCCUGAUGAGGACUGUACCAUCUGCAUGGAGAGGCUGGUGAUGUCAUCGGGCUACGAGGGGGUCCUGAAUCAGAAGGGCAUCAAGCCCGAGCUGGUGGGCAAGCUUGGCAAGUGCGGCCACAUGUACCAUCUGCUGUGCCUGGUGGCCAUGUACAACAACGGCAACAAGGACGGCAGUCUCCAGUGCCCAACUUGUAAGGCCAUCUACGGGGAGAAGACUGGAACCCAGCCCCCAGGGAAGAUGGAGUACCACCUCAUCCCCCACUGCCUGCCCGGCUAUCUGGACACCAAGACCAUCCGCAUCGUCUACGACAUCCCCGCUGGCAUCCAGACCCCUGAGCAUCCCAACCCAGGGAAGAAGUUCAGCGCUAGGGGCUUCCCUCGCCACUGCUACCUCCCCGACAACGACAAAGGACGGAAGGUUUGA